AUGGCGCAAACUGGGGAUGCGAGUCCACGGUGUGGCCGACAUGGAGAUCUCAAAGCAUCCCGCGAGUCGAUGGGACCAGAUCGAGGAGAAGCAGACCAAGCAGUAGCGGCGGUCGAUACAAGGUUGAUCGAGACUUCAAGUGACAAUAUAUAUUCGAAUUUCAAAUCCAGUCGACAUCGUAGCGUCGGGCCAAGCGCUGAAAGCCAGCAAGUUGAGAAACUCGAGCCGCGGGACCCGGCUGCGUUGGAAUCCGAUCUUCGCAAGCUUCACAAAAAACUUCGGAAGUACGAGCAGCAAUGGAUGGCUAAAGACGCGGAAGUCAAGGAAAAAGAACUCGCCCUCGAGGAGUUACACCUGAAACUCCAGCGGACCGUCGAAGAUUCGAAAGCCGAGCUCGAGAAUCGCGACCGUUACCUGAAUAGUUUACAGGAAAUCGUCGAGGCCCAGGCGGAAAAGAUCCGCGAGGCGGAGGCGCAGCGAGGGAAGCUCGAAUUCGAAGCCAGAGACCUCAGGCUCGAGUUGGAAGAUAUAACCGAAGAACUUCAGCGGAAGAUUUCCAAGAUGGAAGAUCAGCUCCUGCAAUCGGAAGAGGCUCUCUUGAAGAGUUCUGCAGAACAGAAAGAUGCGGUGAUUGCUGAUCUCAGGAAGCAGCUCGCAGACAAGACCAAUGAUUACAAUCGCAUGCAACAGGAGUUGAAAACCUUGGACACUUUCGCGGUAAUGAGGCAGCGUCUGGAUUCAUUGCUCGGUGAAGUGACCUCGUGUCAUCGACAGAUGGAUACACUCACCCAAGGCAUCGUUGAUAGGGACCAGGAGAUCAAAGAGAAGAAUCAGAUCCUUCGGAAACUGACUAAGGAAAUCAACGAUACAACAGCAACCAACGCGGAACUGCAGCGAAAGCUCGACCACAAAGUACACGAGCACCAGGCGCUCCGCGAGAAUUUCCGACGCACCGAAGAGAAACUUUGCGGUAUCGCAAACCAAGUGCUCACCGGUGAGGCGAUUCUCGGUCACAUCGUGGACAAGGUCAUGCCGAAUUCGAAGACCCAACUCGGAACGGAUUCUUGGGAAUCUCUUCCCGACGAGAUUCUCCAGGCGGUAGAUAAUCUGGUCGACGCUGCGUCCAGGACCGACUCGCUGGAGCGAGAGCUGAACGGGCUACGCCGCCUGCUCGAGAAACUCUCGCCGGAAAGCGAAGCCUCCGAAAUCAUGAGCGAAAACACCGAGUCUCUGGAGAUUUCUGAAGUGGCACGAGGAGCGUCUCGGGGUCACCCGGACAAAACUCGAGCGGACAUGGCUCGAACCCUGGAAACGUUGAGAAUCGUCGAGUCAGAGAAGCUCUUGUUGCAACGGGAGUCGCAAGAGAUUCUGGCGGGUCACCUCACGGAGAUAUCGAGCUUGCGGAAGUCGCUAGCUGAGUGCGAGGCCGCUCUCUCGGCCUGCAGAGAAGAGAAUGAGAAGCUGAAAGCCCUCGUCGAUCGUGACCUCGUUCCACCGACCGGGACAGCCGAGACUCCAAAUCAAGUUGAGGAAUUACUGUCGAAAUUAGAGAAUCUCGAGAAAGAGAAAGCGCUUCUCCGAACGGACUUGGCCGAUGUGCAGAAGCAACUCGAACAGGCGAGAGUCGAGAUUCAAAAUAAGACCUCCGAAAUAGAAGGGAUGACCAGAACUUCGUCGAGGCGGCAGAACGACCUGACUCUGUUCGAAGAGAAGCUUCAAGAGCUCAGAGCCAGAUUUGAAUCGAAGCUCCACGCCUUGAGCGACGAGUUGACGAAUUCUGAUAUGGAGAAGAAGUCGCUCGCGGCGAAAGUUUCCACGCUGGAGAAACAGAUCGAAGAUAGCGAGGCCACCUUGAUCAUGUUUCGGAAUGCCGUCGAUCGCCUGGAGAAAGAACUCGCUCUGAAGUCCGGGGAACUGGAGGGAUUGAUGAAAAGACUCGAGGUUUCAAACUAUAGAAAAACUGGCAUAUCAGCUCAGCUCAGAACAUUUUUCCGAAAAAUACGUCCGACAAAAUGAACCGAAUAAAGGGAACGAUACUAACGA